GUCAGUCAGUCAGUCAGUCAGUGUCUGCAGGAGGAGCUCUCUGCUCUCAGACCUUCAGGACGGAUUUCGGACAUUUUUGUUUGUUUGUUGCUUUUACGCGCAGCUCCCCCCCCCCUACACCCCCACCCGUGGAUCUGUAGCAGCCGCCUCCUGCUGUGGGAGAAGCAGGCAGAGCAGAGCAGGCAGAGCAGAGCAGGGCUGGUUCCGGGAUCAUCUGACAGGCUGAAGCGGUGGCUGGCCGUGGACUCCAUGGUUCGGACCAGAGGACAGACCGCGGCAGCAGGAUGGCGCCAUGAGGACUCUUCCUGUCCAGACUCCUGCUAGCAGCUGAAGCAGGUCGGCGAAGCGGCAGGGAUCUUCCUGAGACCAUUGAGAACCUUUUGAAACUACAGAGAUCACUAAAGAUUCUUCUGCGAUCAGGAAUGAAAGACGAUGCACAACAAAGUUGAUGACAUUGAAAAGACGAUAUGCAUCUCUGAUGCUGAGUACUAAAACUCCCCCUUCAACCGCGCCUCUUGAUUCCCGUUUUCAGUCGGACUCGCCACUAAGUCUUGCUCAGAGAUGGAGGCACAAUCUUCCUUUGUUUGAACCUGUUAGCAGCCUCCUAAGGUUCAGUUAACAUGCGAGGGUACUUUCAGACCUUUUAGACCCUUCGGUACCUUCUCUCUUAACUAACCCACCGUCCCCUUUUCCCUCUCUUACUAAAACCAGAGGAGGUUAAUAAAAAUGGAGGCUCGUGAAGCAGCUGCCUCUGGGCACAAAGGCCUGAUCAAGGAAACAGUGAAGGAGAAGGCACCUCUUGAAAGAAAGUGGGCAUCUGAGCCUACUGCAAACACCAAGCACAGCACGUUUGCUGAUCCAGAGGUUAGACAUCGAGAGGGUUUUCCCUGUGGUGCAACAGGAGUUUCAGCUCCCCAUCAAAAGUAUGGAAUACCAGGCAAUUCUGCAAAGCUGCUAUCUGGAUCAUCUGCAGUUGGGGCAAUAGGAGGUCCACCAUCCCAAGACCCCCAGGGACCUUUUGCACAAGGCUUUCAAAGAGAAUAUUUCCAUUUUGCCCAGCCCUAUCCUCAGCAUCCCCAAACUGAACGUUUUGUCUCAGGAGCUAAACCACAGCCCGGUCUAGAGCCUCAUGCCUGGCCGUUUGUUGGCCAGUUACCCUCGGAUGACUUGUACCCUGUAGAGCACCCAGGCCAUACUCACCCACACGGAGCAAGGAGGUUUCCCAGGCAAAAAUCUCCCAGUUUACCGAGCUCAUUUGGACAGUACUCCCGCUCAGGCUCUGAGCCCGGGGAGGAGGGCUACGGCAAAAAAGAGCAGAAGCAAAAAAAGCCAGGGAAGUACCUUUGUCCCUACUGCAAUCGGGCCUGCGCCAAACCCAGUGUCCUGAAGAAACACAUCCGCUCACAUACUGGAGAGAGGCCAUAUCCUUGCAUACCCUGUGGCUUUUCCUUUAAAACCAAAAGCAACCUUUACAAGCAUCGCAAGUCUCACGCUCAUGCCAUUAAAGCUGGACUGGUGCCAUUUUCUGAACCGACAGUGGCCCCUAUUGGGGACGUGGAUCAGGCAUCCCCAGCUGGUGACGCAGAGGUGCCCUCGGAUGGAGAACAGAGUACAGACACAGAUGAGGAAGGGGUUGAGGCCUCCACAAUGCUGACAGACAAAGACAGUCCCAUCCCGCAGAUCUCCUUUGAGGAUGACAAAAAUGCAGGUAGUACAGAACCAGCCUAUGCAGACUCAGCUGAGGAGCUCCCCAUCGGAUCAAUGAAAGUGCCUAUCCUUAUUAUUCCCAAGUCUGGGGGAGUCCCUCCAGCUGGGAUGGAUUGUCAUCCAUUUCAUGAUGUAAAAGGCUCUCAUCGCUUGUUGGGAUCACAGGCAGGUGGAAGAGCACGUUCACUAGAUGACUGCCCCAAUGCCAAACAGCGCUUGCACCGGUUGUUUGAUAAGGAAGGCCAGAACUCAGAUCCAGGCAUGUCCCAGUCACUAAACCUCCUCAGUCCCCAUAGCAAAGGCAGCACAGACUCAGGCUAUUUUUCACCUUUUGACAGUGCUGAGCUGCAAAUAGGCACUCCAAAUACUAAUGUCAAGACAUACGAAGAGAUUAUGUUUGGUCGGACUUGGUACAAUAGACCAAACUCCAGGUCGAGACAGUCAAUCACAUUGAAUUUAGCAGGGGCGGACCCCACCAUCCUGGCAAAGCAGCCGGGGACUAUUACAGACAUGGGGAAGAUAGUGGAGGACCCAGGUUCCUUUCCAAGAAACCUUGCAGUCUGUGGAGAACCCAAGCAUUAUCCAACUGGACCCUGCCAAAGCAGUACAGGGCUUUUGGAGCUACCAUCAGAGUCUGGAACUCUAAUUCGGAGUAACUCGAUGCCAACUCCAUCUCCUCCCAACCCGAGCGCUCCUCAGGGGAUUCGAGGUAGUGUCUCCUUUGAUAACAUGGUGGCACCAGAUGAUGUAUUCUACCCCCUUCAUCCCAGACUCAAACGGCAGGGUGCGUUUGAACAAUCAGGUAAUGAAGCCCACAUAGGAGAGGCUGAGGGCUAUGGACACAUGGCCAAAAACCUUGUCUCCUCUUUGGGUAUGAAAAUAAGUGAGCGUAGCCCAGGAGUCCCAGAGAACAUUCCCUAUAGCCAAUAUGGUACUAAGGUCAACACGUCCGAAACACGAAAACGACGGAAAGAGAAGAGCGUUGGGGAUGAUGAGGACAGUCCUGGGAACUGUGACAGUAGCUGUAGUGGUUCCGUUGAGAUCGUGGGCGACUAUGAGUUUAAACAGAGCAGUCUGGAUGGAUCCAGAGCCACACCGAUAGGCAAAGGCUCGCUUUACAGUGCUCAUAGCCAGUCUGACAGCUUUGAUACAUGCGCUAGCAUGUGCUCUGAGGACAUCGCAUUAGUUCCCGACUUGGAAUCCAGGAAAGCAACCCGCGGUUCAGUUAUCCAACAUACUGGCAUAAUAUCCCGUCCCAAUUCCUUUGAGAAGUCAGAGUCCUUUGAGCAGACAGGAUACCAGUCCACAGAUAGAGUUCCAUCUAGUCAAUACUCAGAGCAGUCUGAUACUGAGAUCUUUGAAGAUGCUCUGAGCCCUGAAUCUGCUCUUCUGAAGACUAACAGCAUGGAGCAGCAAAGUUCCUGUGAGCUAGCUGCCCUUUCAUCUUCUUCAGCCACAGCCUCACCUGGCCAACCAUAUCCCAACUCACACAGACUGGUAAGGCAACCUAACAUCCAAGUCCCUGAGAUCAGGGUAACAGAGGAGCCAGACAAGCCAGAGAAGGAUACUGAACCUGCAUCCGCCAAGGAACCUGAGAGGCAGCAGCAGAUGGAGGAGUUCCAGCUGCCACAGAGGAGUGACACCCUGUCUCAGAUGCCUACAGAAAAGCUGCCCCCCAAGAAGAAAAGGCUGCGCCUUGCAGACAUGGAGCACUCGUCCGGGGAGUCGAGCUUUGAGUCAACCUGCACCAGCCUUUCCCGAAGUCCCAGUCAGGAGAGUAAUCUAUCCCACUCGUCGUCUCUCUCCAUGUCCUUUGACAGAGAUGAAGGUCCCAAGUCUGUCUCACCAACUAAACAGGAUGACGCUAUGGUCUCCGGUGGGGGAAAGCAGUCGGAGUUCCUGACUGUGCCUGGCAGCGGCUUUUCCAGCCACCAUCAGCAGAGAGAGAUGAGGCGAUCUUCAUCGGAGCAGGCGCCGUGCACGCUGCCCACAGAGCUGCCUGAGAUGCGCAGCAAAUCAUUCGAUUAUGGGAACUUACCUUCCUCCAGACAGGGCGAGCUGUACACCAGUGCAUCUGCAAUGAAGGAACGUCGGCGGGGAUAUUUGGUUCGACAGGCUUCGCUGAGUGUUUAUCCAGAGACGGUCCUCCAGGAAGCAGGCGCACCUGAGAUCUCAGUCAAACAGGAGAACCUGGAGCGUGGCGUCUGGUCCAGCCCGACGGGUUCUCCCCACGGCAGCGUGGAUUUACCCGGCAGGACCAAGCGAGCUGGUAGCUGCGUCAGAGGAUCCCAGCAGCACCAGCAGAGCAGCCUCCAGCAGAGCAUCAGUGAGGACAGCCUACAGGAUGAACCCGUCUAUGGAAGGACGCAGCAGCAUCUCCUGCAGGCGCAGAGCUCCUCGUCUGAAGGAGAACACGCAGCCAUGGAGGCUUUGGCCAAAGAUCUGCCCCACCAGUACCAGACUGCUGCUCCCUUCAUUUCCAUCUUACAGCCCAGUUUGUUCUGGAAUCAAGAGUCGGAACAGAAGCAGCAACUCCUCAAGCUUCACAUCAGAUCCCAGGGAAACCCGUCGGGAAUUCCGGCUCAUAAGCAGCCGAUCCCCGAGCCGCAGACAUACGAUGGGAAAGCAGACGGCUCGCAGGUCUACGCCUCCUCGCUGUCGGUGCGGAACCUGGGCCCCCUCCCCUCCAGCCCCUCCCUGUUCCUGCAGCAGGUCCAGCCGGUGUUUGCCACUCAGGGCCUGGGAUCCCAGUCGUCUCUGCCCGGCCUACUGGUCCCAGUCAGGAUCCAGACUAACGUGCCAUCGUUCGGUAGUGCUAUGUACACUAGCGUCAGCCAGCUGAUAGCUUCCUACGGCACCGGAGGAGCGGCGCUAGACUUGGACAGCGGCGGGAUGGCCAACAUGUCUCCUCCUGUUGGGAACUCUGGGAGGUCGGUGGGGGGGGGGAUGAGUGGGACAGGGUUUAACUUGCCCCUCCUCCUGGGACAGGUAGAUGUUGCAGGGCUGCGGUUCCCGUUGCCGGAGCAACAGGUGAAAACAGGAAUCCCUCUGUCACUGACGUCAGGGACUCUAUCCACUACAGACGCCUCGGCGUCCAACAUGGUGGCCAGCAAACGCAUGCUCUCGCCCACCAGCUCCCUGGAGCGCUUCUUCGACACCAAGCAGCAGAAGCGAGUGAAGGAGGAAAGGAUGUACGGGCAGAUAGUGAGAGAAAUGGGCGCCGUGGAGCUGAGCGGCGCCGAACGCACAUCCAACCCUGGGAAACAGGCCCGAGGUCUGAAGAGCGAAGACUCCAUGGACGAUUCCUCCCCUUUCCCUGUGGCGGCAAAGAUGGCGGUUCCCGUCCGAUCCCCAGCUCCACACCUCCCAGACGUCCCCCGCGCUGAAAGCUUCACCCCCCCGCUCCAGAUCAUCACUGAUCGCUCAGGGGGGCGGGACUCCCCGGAGGAGCUGGACGUGGAUGAAGCUCCGCCGCAGUCCAGCUCCAGCCCGGAGCCCAUGCUGUCCUCUAACGACGCAGACAGCGCUGAGAAACGAGCCGCGGCGGCGAAGCGUUGUGGAGAAACGGGAGCGCCGCAGCUUUUCCAGUUCCCCAGCCUGCGCACCAUGAGCUGCGUCAGUUGGUGCUUCCGGAACUACACCAAACCCAACAGCACCUUGGCAGCUUCCCACAGCUCCGUCUACGCCUCAUGGUCCAUCAGCUCCUACAAUCCCAACCCGCUGCAGCUCAGCACCAAGGCGGCGCUGGCGCUGCUCAGGUCCAAACAGAGGAGCAACGCUGACCUGAUGUACACCGUCGCCGCCGUGUCUCCUCCCAGCUCGGGGAAGCUGGUGUCCUCCGUGGCCUGGAAGCUGAGGUUUGAUCAGCUGAAGCCGGAGCUGAUGCCCGUCGACGUGAGUCACUUUGGGAGGAAGAUGAAGGGCGUGGUGUCGUGGGAACGCUCCAAGGAAGAGCAGGUGGAGAAGGAGGUGUCAAUCAAACCGCCUGCUGCCGAACCGGCGCGCAUCAAGAUCUUCGAAGGCGGGUUCAAAUCCAACGAGGAUUACGUUUACGUUCGAGGCCGCGGCCGCGGGAAGUACAUCUGCGAGGAAUGCGGCAUCCGCUGCAAGAAACCUAGCAUGCUGAAGAAACACAUCCGAACGCACACCGACGUCCGGCCCUACGUCUGCAAGUUCUGCAACUUCGCUUUCAAGACUAAAGGAAAUCUGACGAAGCACAUGAAGUCCAAGGCUCAUAUGAAAAAGUGUUUGGAGUUGGGCGUCUCCAUGUCGUCGAUCGAAGACACCGAGGCGGACGAAGGAGAUGGAGGAGAGGAAGGCCAGAGAUCUUCAGAGAAGCGGUCCAGAGGAACCGUGGCGGAGCACCAGUUCUCGGACGCCGAUGAUUCGGAGGGCGGUGAGGAGGAUUGUGACGAGGUGGAUGAAGAUGAGGACGAUGAGGAUGACUACGAUGGCGACUCCACCCCAAAGAGCCGUUCUCGUUCCACGAGCCCUCAGCCGUAUCCGCUGCCCUCACUGUCCAUCACAGCGGGGGCCUCCACCCACAGCGCUCCUCACCUGUCCCACCCGGUGGCGCCAGACCUCCACCUGGUGGGGCACUCCAGCAGGGCGCCUCUGUUCGGAUACUUCACCACUAUCCCCAGCAUCCAGAUCACAUCUCAGGCUCCUCCCACUGAGUGGAAUCCAGCGGAGCAACAUCUGGAGCGGAACAGCCUCCUGGCUCCACCCUUGUCCUCCUUCAUGGAUGAGGAUAUCUCCGUCCCCUCCCCAGAUCUGUCCUCCUCCUCCUCACCUGGGCUGGAGCUCUCUGGCUGCCCCUCCCCCAGCUCCCCGUCAUCCUCCCCCUCAACAUGCCGUUACCUGUCCCCACGCCGUGACCUUUCACCUCGUUCUGGACAUCUGUCCCCCCGGCGGGACAUCUCCCCUCUGCGCCACGUCUCCCCUAAGCGGGACAUGGGAGGCGGGGCGUACCGCCGAGACGUGUCCCCAAGGCGGGGGCACCUCUCUGUGCUCUCGCCGCUCUCACGGCCAACAUCUCCAGGGGGGCGGGACUACAAGAGAGACCUUUCGCCACGAGGACGCCACAGGGGAAUGAUCCGUGCGCUGUCUCCUCGCCGAGGCCUUUAUCACCAAAGCCCCCACAGCGGGGCCCGGGGCCCGAGGAACAAUCAUCAUAUGGCGGCGAUGGCUCACGCAGAUUUCCCUCUGGGGCGUCACAGUGCAGAGAUGGAAAAGAAUCUUCUUCCUGGUUCCUCAUCGCCAUCUGAACGGGAUCAAGGCUCAGCCCAGCGUUACCAGUCCGCUUCACCUCACCAGGUUCUGUUCAGCCAUCUACCCACCCAUUCACAACUUCAGGUGCGUUCUCCAUUCCCGAUGAUUCCCAUCGGAGGAAUUCAGAUGGUACACUCUAUCCCCACAUCUGCCCAGCAGGGGGCGCCCACGGUCUUCCUGCAGAAGAGCGUAUCGGAGGACUCGGACAGCGGUGAGGUCGCCUCCGUCGGCAGAAAAGGAGGUGAGAAGGUGGAAGGGGGAGGAGUCAGGCAGGAGCAGGAGGAGGGCAUCCACACCUGCACCAAAGCUAUCGCCUCCCUCUGCCUGGAUCCUGAGUGCGUGCAACGAGGAGCAGGAGGAGUCCGAUCGCCCUCCUCCUCAUCUGCAUCUCCAGCCCCGCGUCCGUCCCCGUCGCCUCCUACCGCUCCAGGAUUUCAGCACUUUAGCGGCGCGGAGCUCAGACCUUCGCACCCGGUGACCCCUGCCUCCCCCCACUCAUCCUCUUCCUCCCUCUCCCCUCACCCCCCCGGCCUGGGAUCUGACCCCCUGCAGCCUCACGCGGCAUCCCAACCCUCGACGGUGGGAAAACAGCGUGAGGUGGAAAGCUAGAGCAGGAAGCAGGACGCCUCUCAGAAAGGGGGCGGAGUUUCCGUUUUCAUCCAAUAGGAAGGGACGAUGUGCAACAAAGAGAAGAAACAAGGAACUUUGCACAUUUUAGCUGAACUGCUGUCUGUUGGACUCGGAGUCCGGCCUGCAGCCCGCAGACAUUUUUAUUUAAAGACUUCGGAAAAAGCCGAUAAAAGUUUGGCGGAAAACGCCGAUAAAAGGUUGGCGGAAAACGCCGAUUCAACAGCGGACUUCUACGAGCGUGCCUUUCCUUUCAUCCAGCGGGAUUCGGUUCGGAUUGCAGGAAGGUAGAUGUACAUAAAUAAUAUUACCCUUUUCUCUCUUUUUUGCAUAUCAGCUUUGUAAUAAAUGCACUCCUCCCCCCCCCUUCUUUUUCAUUUUUUGGACACCUUAAACGUUGAUGUGAAGUUAUGGAUAUUACCAUUACGUACGGUUGCACUAAAACAUAUUUUUAUAUGAGUGAAAUAAAAAAAGCUUUUUUGUGUACAGCAGCGAUUCUAUAAUACUAUUUAUUGUUACCAAGUUUCAUAAACUGUAAAUUUUUUCUUAAGUGUCGUGGAUGCCUUUUCUAUGUACAGCAUGGGGAGCAGGACGUGUGCACUGUAAUACGGCUUUCUAUGUGUUUAUAUACGUCAGAGUGAACCGCCAACCUCGCUAGGAGGCUUAUGCAUAUUGAAGAUGUACUCAAGUAUUUAACCUGCAUAUGAUGAAUACAUACAGUAUCGUCUAUUGUCUGCACUUAGCAUUUAAACAUUUACAUUUUUGUAGUUUGCUUGUACAUUUUUGCUGCUUUUCGCCUGCCGCUGCUCAGAAGUUUUUCUGUUUUUAAAAACUUUAAAUUAGAGCUGCACCACAUCAGAAAAACAAAAACAUUUUAAUAGUUGUGCUUUUGAUGAACCUGCAUCAGCAGAUGUAGAAAUAUCAGAUUCUUCCAAACAUGGAGAGUUUGAAACAGAAAGUAAACAUGAAUUAUUAUCCUGAUUGGUCUAAAACCUAAAGGUCAAACGUUAGCAAGAGGCACUUUCAAAAUAAAGUUAAUAAAACAUUGAAUAAGUCAGUUUUCGCGCAUCAGAACAAAGGUUAUUGUUGUCCUCCAAAAUAAAAGCCCUAACAUUAGAUGGAGUCUUGUCAUGUGACGCAGUUUUCACAUGAAAAAGAACAAGCCACCCCUGAACGGGGGAUUGCUGCAAACCACAGCUCAUGACUGACCUUCAAAAUAAAAGCCUAGAUAUAAAGAUGGGUGGGUGUUUAGCUAAAAUAGCUCCUAUGUUAUUUUGUCAACUAGGCUGUAAUACUAGUGGAUGUUAUGUUCUCUUCAAAAUAAAAGCCCAAGGUUUUUUGUUGAAUGGGUGGAAUUACAGCUAAUGGACCUAAAAGGAUACGGUUUGUAAAUCGAGCUUCUGCGAUCCCUUCCAGAUUGGCGAGUUUUCUUUAACCAGAGCGAAUUAGCGGGAGGAAGCUGCUGGUUUGAUUCCUGGUUUUUCUGCACCUUCUCCCUGUGCAGCCGUGGCUUCUCUCCAGUUACCCUGACCUCAGUGCAGUGAGAGCAUUCCUGCCGUCCGUUAACAGGCUGGCAUGCCGUCAUGGCCGCCGCCAGAAUCUGGGCGUCACCAGAUUGACCUGCUGGGGACCACAGAUGGGCUAAUUCUGCACCUUUACGUCAUUUGUUCCUUUUGGAAAACACCGGCAUGGAUUAGAUACUUUCCCAUCUAAGGAACCGCAGCAGGAAGAUGUUUAUGGUUAGAGAUGUUGUGCAGCUCUAGUUUGAAGGUGUUAUUUUCUCUCUGCAUUAAAAUAAAGAUGUUUGCCCCCCCCCCCCAAAGAAGCAUUCCAGUCUCAAACAUGCCGGGUCUCUCGCAGCAUCGGAAACCUGCAACAUCUCUAACAAUGCACCUUAUUUUUCCUGCUCCGCCUUUUAUUUUUAGCACUUAGACGAUAAUCCUGCAGUCAUGGCGUCUCUGCACCGCUCUCCUGCGCAGCCUUUUCAAAAAGUCAAGCAAUAUUUAGCCAAACUCUGCUCUCACCAGCAGGGAGUUUUUUUGUUGCAAGGCAACAAUGGUGUACUUUAAAGAAUUCCUAAAAUCAGGAGCAGAAGGGAGCAGGUGUUGUGCUGUUGGGACAGUUUGGGGCUGAGCCGGGCAGGCUGCAAUGUGAGUGUCUGUAUUCUGUAUCAGUGUAUAAACCAGUAUAUCCUCUUCUUACUUCUUUUCUAUUUUGAUUCUCCCUCUUAUGUAUCAUGAAAACAAUGAUGUCUCUUUCUCUUAUCAAAGCACAAGUCAUUGCAUUUAAGUGACACCUGCAGAGAAAAAAGGAGGUCGAGCAGGUGAACGUGCAUCUAUGGGGUGUCUCUGUGACGGUGUUAUCAUGUACGAUCCUCGCUGGGAGAAGCGUUGCAGUAGAGGUGGAAGAAUGCGUUCAUGUUUCCUAAUAAAGAUGAACAGAAACAGCA